AUGUCUGAGACCUCCUCCAGCAAGGAGAGUUCCCCGCCCGAAUGCCCCGUGUGCUACGAGAAGUUCCAGCCCCUGGAGGCCGCGCACCGGCGGCUCAGCUGCGGCCACACCUUCUGCCACGACUGCCUGGUGAAGUGCCUGCUCUCGGCCAAGCUGGACGGGCACGUCCAGAGCAGCAUCAUCUGCCCCGUGUGCCGCUAUGUCACCUUCCUCAGCAAGAAGGCGGCUCUGUGGCCACCCGGAGCGGGCACCAACCCCCGGGCACUGGAGAUGCCUCUGUCACCGUCCUCCUUGUCCCAUCUCACCAAAGCAGAGGCCAGCAACACCCUGGUGGUACCCAGUCACUUCGUGAUGCCGGUGCAGAGCUUUGCCCGGUGCUGCAGCGCAGGGACAAACCCCGCGGACCCGCUGCCGGCGGCGCUGGCACGGGAAGCCCACAUCUUUGUCAUCAGCGACCACGGGAUGCCUCUGGUGGACACGGACUGCAGCUCCCUGGGGGGGAGGAGCAGGGCAGACGCGGGCAGCUUGGUGUCAUCCAGCUCAGCCCUGGGGGUGAAGUGCUGCCAGUCCCCCAUGGCCCUCGCUGUCCUCCUCAUCCUCACCGUGGCCAUGCUGGCGGCUGUGCUCCCCUGGCUGCUGCUGGUCAAGAGGGACUUGUAG